CCACACACACACACACACACACAGAGUAAAGCAUGAGCACUUCCAAGAGUCAGGCGAACUCGAAAUCGGGUAAUCAAUCCAUAAACCCACAGGCACAAUGGCAUCAACAAGGACCGUCUUCACAGCAACAGCAGUUACUGCAGCUGCAACAACUGCAACUGACUACUGAACCGUAUACCUUACCAGGAGUUAUAAAUUACUUAACCUCUGAGUUUACAAAUUUGGAAAGGUAUAAAAUCAUGACUAAUUUAGAAAAGUCAGAAAUGAAAUACAAGAUUGUUCAAUUGCAAGGUGAAGUAAACUCGUUAAAGUUUGCCAACAAGAAACAAAAAGCUAGAAUAGAAGCAUUGGAAGAAGAGAACAAACGAUUGAAAGGAAUAGCUGGUAGUGACACUACCGACAAGAGUGAAGUCAAGGACGACUUUAUAAUACCUGAAGUUGAUUUACUGAUUAUCAAAAACUCAAGACAGCAGUUGACAAAGUCCAUGAGAGAAAUCGUCAACUUGUUGAAGACCCCUUCUUCAAAAAACAUAAACUAUUUAAACUUACCUGAUCCAAACGAUUCGCUAAACAACGAAUAUGACGUAUUGGUUAAUCAUUCUGCGCAAGAGGAAGCUGACACUGAUAAUGUUGAGAGUUUACUAUUUAAAGAGUUGUCGGCUGGAAAGAGUCAUAUUGCGCCUAAUUCAAUCAUAUCUCAAUUUUUCAGUGAUAAUAAUAACAAAGAAGAAGAAUCCAUGUCUGAUGUGAAAAUUCCCAGUCCUAAAUUCGACGACGAUGUCAUAUAUAACGACGGAUUAGAACGAGUGAUUACCCAAGAUAGUGAGGCAGCCACCAUGAUUAUGGAUGAGGAGGAGGAUGAUGAUGAUGAUGAUGACAAUGGUGCUGCUGUUGCUGAUGACCGAGAAGAAGAAUUUGACGAAAAGGAAGAUGAUAUCCCCGGGGUUAUUUCCCCAUUUCCUAGUCCUGAGCCGGAAAUCAACGAUUUUAACGACCCCACGUAUGAAAUUCUUGAUGUUUAUGAUCAUAAUAAUAUCACGAUCUAUUUGAACAGCAUGACUGAUAAUAAACAAAUCAAAUUAACUGCAGUGAGAAAACUGGAUAACAAAGUCAAAUUAUCAAAAUCAUUCAAUCUCACCAGUUCUGCUUCCAAAAUAUCCAACAUUUUCCCAAUAUCUGUUGACGAAGAAAUCUUUUUGCUUGUGGAUAAACAGGGGGAAAUUAAGUCAUUAGAAAUGGGUGAAAUUCCUCAAGAAACUGUGCUUGCAAAGCCGGCAUUCACUAGUGUCCAAUCCAAUGAUUUAAUUGAAUUCACAUCGAAAUCUACUGUAAACGGCAAGAGCUUUGGAUUGGCAAUCACAGGCGCAUCCAGCAACGGAUUCCUUCUGAAAAUACAUCAAAUCAACUAUAAAUCGGGGGAUAAACUAACCAGCAAAGAGAUUGGAAGUUAUAACAAGAGAUUCUUGACCAAGGGCAAAAGCGGUGAUGUCACAUUCAUAGGAUGGUAUGUUAAUGAUAAGGCAACGGUUACAUUGGAGCAAUCCAAGAGUAAACUGAAGAAUGCUGUGAGUUGCGAUGAUAUUGAAUUGGCUCCUUAUGAACUCUUGUAUAAAGUUGAUGACAAGACUGUCGAAUUGAAUAUUGUUCUGAAACAGAGCAGUUAUUUGUCAGCGACUUAGCAUAAAUAGAAUAUACGUAUGUGU